UAAAUUUUGAUAAAGAAAACUAUAACCUAAAUCUGGCGAAUAGAGACUUUUUAAAUUUCGUUAAAUAGAAAUACCUACUACUGUCAGAGCAGAAAUGAAAAAUGUUUACGAAUGAUUUCAAUCUUAAAUUAAAUUAGGGGAUUAAUAAUUUUAAUGGUAUAUUUUAAUGAAGUGUUAAGUGAUUUUUAAAUAGUUAAGCAUGCUCAGAGCGGUUUCCGUGUUGUGUGGAGAAAGUCAAUCUUUUUUACUUUAUACCACCGCUAGGAGAGAUGCCUACAAACUCUUCCGUAAUACAUAUGCCUCUGCCUCGACAUCAUCACAGCGGCCAAGGAAAAUUAAGAAAUACCGAACUACUGUCCUUACAUCGGAAGCAUCACAAGCAUCACAUAGUCCCAGUGUACAUUCACCCCCUCCUGCACAAUCAAGUCCACCUCCUACACCGCCAUCACAGUCUCCGCGGCGAUCAUGGACCGUUGCAGCAGCCCUAGCACUCACCGCAUCGGUUGGUGGAAUAUAUUUCUUUCGUAAGCUGAGUGAAGAAGAAAAUAAAAUAAUACCCUCUGAAGAUGCACCAAAAAAGAAUGUUGAGCCAGUACGGACACCCAUCCCGGCGUCUGCGGAUCAUCUACCGCGACACGUGCAGUUCCUGCUGGUCGGUGCUGGUACUGCCUCGUUUGCAGCCAUGAGGGCGAUACGCAGUCAAAAACCCGACGCCCAGGUGCUGAUGGUGGGUUCGGAGUACCAGCUGCCGUACAUGCGGCCUCCGCUCACCAAGGAGCUGUGGCGGGAGCCAGACCUGGACAAAGUCACAGACCUCGACUCCUUGACCUUUAAACAGUGGAACGGCAGGGUGAGAAGCCUGGCGUACGAGCCGAGCGCGUUCUACACGCCCGUGGAGCAGCUGGAGGAGCGCGGCGCGGGGUGCGGGGUGGCGCGGGGCUGGGCGGUGCGGCGCCUGGACGUGGCGCGGCGCCGGGCCACGCUGGAGGGCGCGGGGGGCGCGGGGGGCACGCACACGCUCACGUACGACUACUGCCUCGUCGCGACCGGCGUGGUGGCGCGGCGCUCGGCGGCGCUGGCGGGCGCGCGGGGCGCGGGGCGGGCGCGCACGCUGCGCACGGCGGAUGACGUCACGCAGCUGGCGGCGCGGCUGGCGGGGGGGGACGUGCAGCGCGUGGCCGUGCUGGGCGGGGGGCUGCUGGCCACCGAGCUCAGCGCCGCGCUCGCCGCCAGAUUAAAGGAUACGGGCAAAACAGUAUUAGAAUUGUACCGAGAGAGUAGUCCUCUAGCGUCCAUCCUGCCCUCCUACCUCGCGGAGGAGGCCGCCCGAAGGCUCCAAGAAGCGGGGGUCACACUCCUGCCUGAAGCGGACGUGGUAGAUUCUAGAGUGGUUGAUGACAAAGUGCUGAUGCGACUUGCGAGUGGUGCCGAGGUGGAGGCAGACUACGUGGUGGAGUGUGUCGGCACGGAGUUCGACCCCGCGCUGGCCGACGCCUCCGAGCUGGAGGUGCACCCUGAGCUGGGCGGGGUGGUCGUCAACCCUGAGCUGCAGGCCCGGCCGCGCGUGUGGGCGGCGGGAUCUGCCGCGUGCCACUGGGCGCCGCGGGAGGGGCGGCGGCGGGGCGCGCUGCACGACCACGCCGUGACGUCAGGGCGCCGCGCCGGGGACAACAUGCUGGCCGACAUGCUGGGCACCGCGCCCGCGCCCUACACGCACCCGCACAUGUUCUGGACCGACCUCGGGCCCGACCUCGGAUACGAGGCCAUCGGCACCAUCGACUCAAAACUAAAGACCGUCGGAGUGUUCUCUGAGGACGCCGUCACGGAGCUCCGUGCCCACGCCGCCGCCGCCGGGGAGGGGGACGUGGGGGGGCCGGGGGAGGGCGCGGCCGGGGCGGCGGUGAGGCUAGAGGGGGGCGCGGCGGGGGGCCGGCGGUACGAGCGCGGCGUGGUGUUCUACCUGGAGGGCCGGCGCGUGGUGGGCGUGCUGCUAUGGAACCUCUUCAACCGGAUGCACGUGGCCAGGCAGGUGCUGGCGCAGGCGGAGUUCGAGGACCUGUUCGAGGUGGCCAAGCUGUUCGCGCUCCACGAGGACGAAUAGGCGCUGCAUUUAGUUCUUGUUGUAUAUAUUUAUGUUAAAAUAGAUUAAUAAAGAUAUG